AUGAAAAAAAUCAAAACGAGCCAAGAAAACCUUAGCUACCUUUUAAAUGAACAUAUUAAAUAUUUAAGACGUUAUUUGAGACACCUAGAACUUCGCGAACCUUCAAAAAAUUCAGUCUUAUGGAAUUUUGUUAAUAACGAAAUUGAA